UUGCCAAGUUUUAACACAAACCAGCCAUUUUCUUCUUUGUUAGAUUUUAUUAAAACACCUUCUUCUUCCUCUUCUAUUAAAGCAUUAUUUUCUUCCUCAAUUCUUUUAGUUGUGUUAUUAUUAGUUUCAUUAUUUAAUAAAAAAUUAUUAUUAUUUUGAUUUAUUUCUUUAUUUUCUUCUAUUUUAUUUUCUUUAUUUUCAUUUUUCCUUUUUAUUUGUGUUAAAAAUUUUAAAUUUUUCAAAUUAUUAAUUCUUUUAUUCGUCUUCUUUUCUAUUAGUUCAUUUCCGGUUUUGUUUCCGUAAAGUAUUGUUGUCGUUGUUUUUGGUUUUAAUGUUGUUUUGGUUGUUUGUCUUAAAAUGUUUAUUUUUGGAGUGUUUUUGUGUUUUCGUUGUAUUUUUGUGUUUGUGUUUUCUUUCCGGAAAGUUUUUCCGGAAUUUUAACUCUAACUUGUGUUUUAUUUCUUGUAUAUUUUCUUUCCGGAAAAUUAUAUAUUUUUUUGUGUUUUGUUUCUUAAUCAAGUUUUUGUAUUUUCUUUCCGGAAAGUUUUGUUUGUAUUUUUCUUUCGUAAUCAAGUUUUGUCUCUCUUUAAAUUACUUUAUAUUUCCAUCACCAACAACACCAAUCUUUGCUAAUUCAAUAAUAUUUUGUUGUUGUUCUCCCAUUCCGGAACAACUUUAA